AUGGCCACGGGUUGGCCUCCGCUGCACUUGCCAGGACCUGCGUUACGGGCUCCCGCUCCAGGCCUAAGCCAUGGCGGGUUCCGGGCCCGGGGCCUGAGCUGCGGAGCCGUGGGCAGAGGCACAGGCAGGGAGAGGGCUCGGAUGGCUCCGAUUUCUCUUUGCGCUUUCGGUGCGCUCGCCACCUUCGUGCCGGCAGCGAGCCGGCAGCGAGCCAGGCCACGGAAAGGCGUGACCCGAUUCAGCGCAGACGUUGCUGCAGCUGAAGUGACGCACGUGCCAGGAAAGGUCACGGGAUGUCCAGAGUGUGACGAAGCUUCCGCACGGUGGCAUGAUGCGGCUGAAAAUGGUGAGCUGCUCCCAGUCACCGUGCUUUCUGGCUUCCUGGGUUCCGGCAAGACGACCCUGUUGAAGCACAUUUUACGCUCGGCAGGUUCUGGCGACAAAGCAUGUUGCCCUGACGGUCCUGACCAAUAUGUGCCAAAGGUGGCCGUGAUCGUCAACGACAUGGGAGACGUGAACCUCGAUGCAUCGGAGAUCAAGAGUUCGAAGCUGAUCCAGGAGGAAGCCACUAUGGUGGAGAUGCACAACGGUUGCAUCUGCUGCACUCUGAGAGGUGAUUUGCUCAAGACCGUGAAGGCUUUAAGUGAGGAGAAGGCAUUCGACUACUUGGUGAUUGAAUCCACCGGCAUAGCGGAACCCAUGCCUGUGGCGCAGACUUUUGUAAUGGAUGUAGAUGAUUUGGAGGAGGGGGACAUGGACGAGGAGUAUUUUGAGGAGGAGGUCCUGCCAGAGGGUGCCACGGGGGGAGAGUGGGAGGAGGUCAUAGAGCGCCCGACUGAAGGGCAGGAAAUAGAGAUUGCGGACAUGGCCGACAUGUCUGCCGGUGACGAUGGUGAGCUCGCUUCGGAACUCCAGUCGUUGUCCCAUUUCGCUCGCCUGGACACGAUGGUCACUGUAGUGGACGCGUUGAACAUCUACGAUGUGCUGAGUAGCCUGGAGAUGCUCAACGAGACAAACAUCGCCGGAAUGACCGGCAAUGACAUAGAAACUGAUGACCGCAGCAUUGCGCAGUUGAUGCUGGACCAGAUCGAAUUUGCAAAUGUUAUCUUGCUGAGCAAGGCACACCUCGUCAAGGACAAAGGUGCAGUGCAGGAGAUUCGUGCCUUGCUCCAGAAGCUCAACCCUUCUGCCAGGAUCAUAGUGCCUGCCCAGCCGCAGUUUGCGGAUGUGCCGCUGAACGAGCUGAUAAACACCCAUCUGUUCGACAUGGAAGCGGCCGAAUCUUCGGCAGGGUGGAUGCAGGAGUUGGCGAAAGCUGCAGAGGGGGGGCCUGGACACACCCCUGAGACGGAGGAGUACAACAUCUCGAGCAUGGUUUUCCGCAGCCACGAGCGACCAUUUCACCCAGGUCGGCUGGCUACUGUUCUAGCAGGCGUCGGGGACUACGCCAGCACCAUGACCACAGCGGACAGCACUGCCGCUCCGACUGUGUUUGCCGGCGUGGUCCGUGCGAAGGGACACCUGUGGCUCGCCACCGCCAACGCCAGACCCAUCGACCUCCAUGUGGCAGGUCGGCACGUGCAGCUAGGGGCAUCAGUGGUGCCCUUCCUAGCAGCCAUGCCCAGGGAGGAGUGGGAGGAGGCGUUCCACGAGUAUUACAGAGAGCUGGUAGCAACGGACUCCUGGCAUGCCGAGCAUGGCGACAGAGGAACCAUGCUGGUCUUCAUUGGUGUCGGCCUGGACAAGGCAGGCAUUGAAGCCGAGCUUGGCACAGCGCUGCUGACGGAUGCCGAGAUGGCGGAGGGAGAGGAUGCCUGGAAGGCAUUGGAGGAUCCCUUCUUCGGUGGCGAGUACUUCGAAAAUUCUGAGCAGCUGGAGGAGCCCAAGUUCGUGAUUUUGGAAGAGUAG